AUGAAUAUAUUAAGACAAGAGAACGCAAGUCUUAAAGUAGAAAACGAAGCCUUAAAGGAUAGCCUAUAUACGGCCAAAUUUGCUUUAUCUGAUUUGAAUACGAAAGUUAAAGAUCUCGAACAUGAAAAAGCUAGCUUAACUACGACGUUGAAGAUUUUAUAUAUGGAUUUUCAUCAAGCCCAUGAAGCUCGCUUCAAACAACAAGAUCCGCCCAUUGUAGUUAAUAACAAUAACCAUGCAAAUGAUAAAUCACCGAGUUCAAUAGCUGAGAGAGAUGUUGGUAAUUGCUUAAGUCAUACAGCUGAUGAAACUAUCCUUAUUCCCGAUGACCAGCCUGAUACUGAUAACAAAGUCUGCCCAACAGCGCAAAAAAGACCUAAGUCUGGUAAAGUGAAAGCCAAGCCUAAAUCUCAGAAAGAUAAUGAAAUAAAUCAGGUCGAGCAGCAGUCAUCAAAGCAAAAUUCAAAUGCUCAACUCAGCGAUAAAAGUCAGUCACCCAAGAAAAAAGUCACUGCCGUACUCGGGGACUCGAUUAUUAAAAAUCUUCAAGGCUGGCGACUUUCAGAUGACAAUAAUCACGUUGUAGUCAAAAGUUUUGCAGGAGCCAACUGUACUGAUAUGGAAGACUACUUGAAACCUGUAGUUCGAAAAGAACCCGAGAACAUAAUUCUCCAUGUUGGAACAAACGAUCUAAAUAAAAGUGCCUCGCCAGAUCAAAUAGCACAGGGAAUUAUCAACUUGGGAAUCCAGAUAAAUCAGGACUCCCCCGCUCAAACAAGCAUUACUAUAUCAGAAAUUUUACCUCGAACGGACAAGUCAAAUCUACUAAUCAAAGCUAGUCAAGUCAAUGACAUCGUGAAAAAGUAUUGCGACCAAAAUAAAUGGGACUAUAUUAACCAUAAAGCCAUUAAUGCAACCUGUCUGAAUUCAAAAGGACUCCACUUGAACAAGAAAGGUACUGCCAUUAUUGCUAAAUCAAUCUCUUCUUAUAUUAUUAAUCAUUGA